AUGGAAGCUCCAGCUCGCGUUCGUCUGCACAUCACUCCUUUCAACCCGUCACUUCUGGAUCGCUACGUCCCGGACUCGCUCAAACCGCAAGCUUCGAAUAUCUCCUUCCACACUGUUGAGACUUUUCCGGAACGGGGCUUCGGCUACGUCGAAUUGCCAACGACAGAAGCACAGAAAUUGAAGGCGAAGCUCAACGGGAUGACGUUGAAGGGAGCGAAAGUGAAGAUCGAAGAGGCGAGGCCGGAGAAGAAAAGAAAGAGUAGCGAGGCGAUAGACGGCGAGGAUGUAGAGGAGGAGAAACCGAGGAAGAAGUCGAAGAAGGACAAGACGGAGAAGAAGGAAAAGAAAAAGGAGAAGCCGAAGAGGACUGAAAAGGUGCUUACAGGAUAUGUCUUGGACGAGGGAAGGCAUGUGAAGAGGGGAUGGGCCGAGGAGACUGGCAAGAGCAAGACAGGGAAGAAGGAGAAGGAAGGGAAGAAGUUGAAAUUUAAGACUUCGGUGGAUGAGAACAAGAUGGUCGUUGAUGAGCCUAAAGAGAAGAAGGACAAGAAAGAAAAGAAAGAGAAGAAGGAAAAGUCGAAGCACGGACACAAGAAGGAGGUCGUGGUUACGGAGUUUGCGAAGAGCACGAAAUUGAACUUUCCGAACGUCAAAGGCGAGACGAAGGACUUGACGUAUGAAGAAGGGCAAGGAUGGGUAGACAAGGAGGGCAACGUGGUGGAAGCUGAACCGUCGUCGAAGAAGAGGAAGCGAAGCAAGGUCGCCAAAGAGCCCAAGCCAGUUCCAGUGGAAGACGCAGCUCCAGCCGCAGAUUCACCUCUCGGCUCCGUCAGCGAAAUGAUCCAAACUCCACCACCAGCUGAGGACCAAUCUCAGAAAGAAGUCCACCCACUCGAAGCCCUCUUCAAGCGCGCUCCACCUACCGCGAGCUCUUCCAACGAGCCCACAGCUCAAACCGAGUCAUUCGGCUUCUUCGGCAACACGGCUGAUGAUUCCUCCGAAGACGAAGCGGAGAACAUGCGAAUUGAUAUCCCCGCGGCGAACACUCUGUCAGCCCUACAAACCGCCCCACAAACGCCUCACACGAAACGAGAUCUAGAAUGGAGAAGUAUACGAUCCGCGGCGCCGACGCCGGAUACAGCUGCGAUUGGCAAAAGAUUCGAGUUCCCUCCUACGAUUAAUGGCUACGAUGACGAGGAAGCGGAAGAGGAGGCGCAGGCGGACGACGGAGAGGGCAACGCGACGGUCGGAGCGGAGGACAAGAAGAACGCUGGCAGAGAAGGCGAGAGUGAGUUCCGACAGUGGUUCUAUCAAAAUCGAGGAGAUUUGAAUCGAGCAUGGAAGAAGAGACGCAAGGAGGAGAGGAAGGUCGAGAGACAAAGGGAGAAUCGGCGGGUGGGAAGGAAAAUGGCUUGA